GACAACAUACCGGAGACACUGAAAGUAUUGAAAUUAAUGAGUUAUUUUCACGAGAAGGGACCUUGGAAAUUCGUAGAACACUAAAUGUACAUCCAAGAAGCAAACGUCCGUAGAGAUACAAACAUAUGAGUCACGUCUGGUUGUUUAUUUAUCACGUUCAGACUUCUGAAGCUGUUGAGUCGCUAAAACUCCUUGAGCAGUCCAAGUUAAUGCCACAUUUUGGUGUACGGAAACAUGCCUGCAGUCGCAGAAAGAUGGGAGCCAAGAGAUAAGAGGAAAUUCUUCACUUACCUGCUUGUGGAGCUGGUAAUCAUGGCGGGGACGGUCAUGCUGGCAUACUACUUCGAGUACACGGACACGUUUAACGUGCACGUCCAAGGGUUCUUCUGCUAUGACAAUGCCUACGCGAAGCCGUACCUCGGACCGGAGGAGUCCAGCGCGAUCCCUCCCGCUCUACUGUAUGCGCUCGUGGCAGGGGUCCCAACACUUGUGAUCAUGAUCUCAGAGACCGUCCUGUUCUUGAUACAAUACUCGUCCAAAGAGCUGGACAGUCAGGAGAAGACCAUGCUGACAGGAGACUGCUGCUAUCUCAACCCUCUGGUGCGCAGGACCUUUCGCUUUCUGGGAGUGUACACGUUCGGGCUGUUCACUGUGGACAUCUUUGUAAACGCGGGCCAGGUGGUGACGGGCAACCUGUCCCCCCACUUCCUGACGGUGUGUAAGCCCAACUUCACGGCCCUGGGCUGCCAGCACGCCCUCCGCUACAUCAGCCACCAAGAGGCCUGCACCGGGAACCAGGAGGAUAUCCUGCGUGCACGUAAAACCUUCCCUUCCAAAGAAGCUGCUCUCAGCGUCUACGCAGCUCUCUAUCUUGCGAGUUACAUCACGUGCACGGUGAAAGCCAAAGGGACGCGGCUAGCCAAGCCUGUGCUGUCGCUGGGUCUGAUGUGUCUGGCCUUCCUCACAGGACUCAACAGAGUGGCUGAGUAUCGGAACCACUGGUCUGAUGUCAUCGCUGGCUUCAUCAUAGGACUGGCCAUCGCUACCUUCCUGGUGGUGUGUGUGGUGCAUAACUUCAAAGGCAAGCUGUUGCUCAGUGAAGACCCCCCGCAGGACAACAUGCCUAGUGCUCCCAUGAUGAACAUGUCCAGAGUGGAGAGCCCACUGGAGAAGUACAUCGCCUCGCAGAUCUGGGCAGGAGCGGACAGGGGUUAUAUGGCAGUUGAACCACAUUAUCAAGAAUCACAUCACCUUCGCUGAAGUCACAUGACGUUGAAUCGUCCGUUUUGCAAACCCAUUGGACAUCAACGCUCUUCACCGUCCAAUCAAAAAUGUAAUAGUCGGGGUGCAACGCUAAGUCAUUAUGUACAGCUACUGUAUAAGGUCUGUCUGUGUUGUUGUCUUGUCAGUCCCUGUAUCAUAUCCUAUGCCGCAGUCAUGUAAAAACUCCUCAAUAGCUUGAUGGGAAGCUCUUUGCUGUGUUUCUCCAUGUGUUUACUGCAUUUAUUUCAUCUAUUUUUGGACUUAAUCCCUAAAUGAGGAAAAUUGACCUGAUUCAACUUGAAUUAACUCGACUUGUCAUUAUAAGCAGAAAUGCUGACACGCUGUGAUCCAGAUGCCACUUUAUACUGUAGAAGAGAGGACUUCAUCAUGGAAGUGACUGAUACAUUUUUUCCACAAUGUUGGUCGGAUAUGUUCUUAUUCAUUCUGCCAUCGCUUCAUGUAAAUUAUAUUUCAUCAUUGGACUCUAUUUUGUGUACAAUAAGCAUUGUUACAUUAUCAGUAUCCUAAAUAAUGGGAAGCUAGGGAGCAUUAUUUUUCUCAAAUGUAGCCUACUGUAUGUUGUGUUGAAUUUGUAGAUUGAAAAAUGUCCCUGUUGCCACAUACAGGGACAUAUAUUUCAACCCCAGAUUAUGAGAAAUGCAAACCAAUGAUGUUGGUUAGACUUUGAUUCAUGUUGCUUCAUUUUUAUUCAUGUUGCUUCACUUUUAUUCAUGUCGCUUCAUGUGGCAGUUCCUAAAGCUGAUACGCCAUCACUUGGAGCUCGAAGAGGGGUUGGUUGUCAUCUGUGUGUCAGCGUGUGUGUCCUCUCUCUCUCUCUCUCUCUCUCUCUUUAUUCAGCUCUCUCUCUGGUGUGGAAGGGAUACAGUGAAUGGAGCACAAUGUCGCUAAUCGUUUAGUAAUUACUUUAAGUCUAUUGUUGAUACAUGUGAACGCAUGUGACAGGGAACUGUGUCACUGUCUCACAGGCCAAUAUUGAGAUUUGUUGUGUUAUGGUGAAACGUCAUUGUCUUACUAUGAUUCUCUCAGAUAUUAAUGUAUGUAACUGAGGUUCAACAAUACCACAUCUGUCACUGGUGAAAUUUGAAAAGGGUCUUUCGUCCUAAGACACCUCAGAGUAUGCAGGGGAAAAAACUGCACUUUGCGAUGCAAGCUGCGAUUCGAUCGACCAACCCCAGUCAAUGCGAAAAUAGUUUUAAGAGGAGCAAUAACAUUCAUUUUCUGACUGUUUUGCCCAUGAGUAGAGAAGAGCAGAGCAUAAUAUUGAUGUCCCCAUUAUGUUGCCCCUGAAAUCUAUAUUUUUGUAAUGAUCACUAAAGCACUGAACUAUCAUAAAGGACACAACAACACAGGAACAUGAUAACAGCAGCACUUUAAAAUCAAGCUUGACUCAGAAACGCAGGCAAGAUGGCCGCCCAUACCGCUGCUGCUUGGAAAAUAUACGUAAUUAUGUCUAGAACAUUCAGGAUUUGUCAAAUCUGCUAACAUGUGCAUCGCAAGACCUAACGGUUAGUGUUAUUAUAUUCAAAUGAUGGAAAAAGUGAACUGUAUAAAAUGUAUACAUACUGUAGGUCAAUAUCCUUCUGUCAGACAUUAUGGCUGUCUAUUUUCUUAUGGUUGUGCACUGUAUGUAUGUGUGUGUUUGUUCACAAAAAGUACAGUACAUGUGUUAAUGGACUAGUAUUACUUUAACAUAGCUAUACCAUGUUAUACAAGUGCACAUGACUAUGUUCUGAUUUUGUUAUACUUUGACUUUAAUAUUUCCUCUAUUUAUGUUGUAUUACAACCUCUACUGCAUACUCAGAACUUUUUGUUACACUACAAACUCAUACAUUUAGUUAAACUACAUACUCAUACACUUGGUUACACUACAUAUUCAUACAUUUGGUUACACUACAUACGCAUACAUUUGGUUACACUACAUACUCAUACAUUUGGUUACACUACAUAUUCAUACAUUUGGUUACACUACAUACUCAUACAUUUGGUUACACUACAUACUCAUACAUUUGGUUACACUACAUACUCAUACAUUUGGUUACACUAGAUACUCAUACAUUUGGUUACACUAGAUACUCAUACAUUUGGUUACACUACAUACUCAUACAUUUGAUUAAACUACAUACUCAUACAUUUGGUUAAACUACAUAUUCAUACCGUUUUGUUAAACUACACAUUCAUACCGUUUUGUUAAACUACACAUUCAUACCUUUUUGUUAAACUACACAUUCAUACCUUUUUGUUAAACUACACAUUCAUACCUUUUUGUUAAACUACAUAUUCAUACCGUUUUGUUAAACUACACAUUCAUACCUUUUUGUUAAACUACACAUUCAUACCUUUUUGUUAAACUACACAUUCAUACCUUUUUGUUAAACUACACAUUCAUACCUUUUUGCUAAUCUACACAUUCAUACCUUUUUGUUAAACUUUUGGUCCAUAGGCAAGACUUUCAUGCAACCUAGCUACUGAUCUUUUUUUUAAAUGACAGGUUUUUCUUCUUGUUCUUCCCUGGUUUGAAGUUAGACUGUUACAUUGUCAUUAUUUAGCAUAGUGAAUCAUUUUGUAUGGAUGUUGUUGAUAUUCUGGUCACCCAGUUGUUUUACCAAACUUCUAUUUCAUUCCUUUGUCUUUUUAUCAUGACCUUUUACACUGUAGACAAAAUUCAAUUUACAGUCUUGGAAUAAAAAAUAAUUAUAUCAAGA